CGGCAAAAGCUGCGUAGGCGCUCGUGAGGAUUGGUUUCUGGCGCGCCGUGAGCGUGACGUGAGAGGCGGGAUGAAAGACGGUGUUGGCCUCAGGCGAAUACUCGAUCUUGGGCCCUGUCAAAGGCGGAGGUGCUGUCCGUGGGUCUUAGAUGUGGCAAGUAAAGUUUUAAACAAGAACCAUGGCAUCCGAAUUAGAAAACCUUAAUCCAAGUGCCAGAAUAAUGACAUUCCACCCGACUAUGGAAGAGUUCAAAAAUUUCAGUCGUUAUAUUGCAUACAUAGAGUCUCAAGGAGCUCAUAGAGCUGGUCUGGCAAAGGUUGUUCCACCUAAGGAAUGGAAACCGCGCAGAUGGUAUGAUGAUAUUGAUGAUCUGAGCAUUCCUGCUCCUAUUCAGCAAGUUGUCACUGGUCAAUCAGGCCUCUUCACACAGUAUAACAUCCAGAAGAAGGCUAUGACAGUUCGGGAGUUCAGGAAAAUAGCAAAUAAUGAUAAGUACUGCACACCUCGAUAUACUGACUUUGAAGACCUUGAACGCAAGUACUGGAAAAACCUCACAUUUAAUGCUCCAAUAUAUGGUGCCGAUGUUAAUGGCACCCUAUAUGACAAGCAUAUAGAGGAGUGGAAUAUUGGCCAUCUGAAUACAAUUUUGGAUAUAGUGGAGAAUGAAAGUGGCAUUACCAUUGAGGGGGUAAAUACCCCUUAUCUCUACUUUGGUAUGUGGAAAACUUCAUUUGCCUGGCACACCGAGGACAUGGACCUCUACAGCAUUAACUACCUGCAUUUUGGGGAACCCAAGUCAUGGUAUUCCAUUCCUCCAGAGCAUGGGAAGCGUCUGGAACGUCUUGCUAAAGGGUUUUUUCCUGGAAGUGCCCAGAGCUGUGAAGCUUUCCUCCGUCACAAAAUGACCCUGAUCUCUCCAUCCAUACUGAAGAAAUACGGAAUUCCUUUUGAUAAGGUCACCCAGGAAGCAGGUGAAUUCAUGAUAACCUUUCCGUAUGGAUACCACGCUGGUUUUAAUCAUGGUUUCAACUGCGCUGAAUCUACUAAUUUUGCCACACUUAGGUGGAUUGAGUAUGGAAAGCAGUCUGUUUUAUGCUCGUGCAGAAAGGACAUGGUCAAAAUAUCAAUGGAUGUCUUUGUGAGGAAAUACCAGCCUGAACGCUACAAGCUCUGGAAAGCAGGAAAAGAUGUAACAGUCAUUGACCACACCCUUCCAACACCAGAAGCCGCUGAGUUCUUCAAGGGAGAGCUCCUCCAGAAAGUUCAGAAUGAGAAGCACUGCCCUGAGGAAACUGAGCCAGAAGAAGAAUGCAAAGCAGAUGGAGAUAUGGAGAAGAGGAGUGUGACAAAGCACCGUAUUGGAACAAAGCGGCACCGGGUCUGCUUGGAGGUUCCUCAUGAAGUGAGCCAAAGUGAGGCCUUUCCCAAGGAGGAGCUGGGUCCAGUACAGUUUGACAUGGACGUGGCAGAGUCUCCAGUUGGACCAGCUAGAGAACCUGUACCACAAGGGGACCAAGGGCUUGCACCCCCAGAAUAUGCAGAUUCCUCAGAAGUAAAAUUUGAAGAACUGAAAAAUGUCAAAUUAGAUGAGGAAGAGGAAGAGCCAGAGGCAGCUGUUCUAGAUCUUUCCAUUUCACAUUCUGUGACGUCAGCCUUGACCCCAUCAGGCAUGAAGCAAGGCUCAGGCUCCAGCCUUCAGUCUGGCUCUCCACUGUGCUCUGCUUCUUCAGGUUCUGAAUGCCUUGACCUGCCCAGACAGGCCCUUGAGCAAGCCGAGGUGCUCACAGUACACAGUUAUGCUAAAGAAGAUGCCAAUGGCAUGGAUGAUGUGCAGCCAUCUGGGAAGAAAGCCAGUGUGAAUGAACAAGAGCUUGCCAAAAUGGCAAAGGAGUACAUAAGAUCAGUUAAAGAUCGGAAGAAGUCAAAAGGACGUCGUCAGCCCUUAAGCAAACUCCCUCGUCAUCACCCCCUGCUAGUUAAUGAUGGCCUCAGUGAUGAUGAGAUGUCAGAGCAGCUAGCAACAGAAGAGGAAAUGGAGGAGGCAGAAGCAUGGGCAAAGCCCCUCAGCCAGCUGUGGCAAAAUCGCCCUCCGAACUUUGAGGCUGAAAAAGAGUAUAAUGCCAUCAUGGCUGAACAGGCCCCUUACUGUGCGGUGUGCAUGCUUUUCCAAACCUACCAGGCAGAUUGUGGAGGCCAGAGCUCCCAAGCAGUUCCAGAUGCAGCUGAUGGAAAGAUGAGAACUAAACCCUUGAUUCCUGAAAUGUGCUUUACUACCACUGGUUGUAGCACAGAUGUUAGCCUCUCUACCCCUUACUUGGAAGAAGAUGGCACCAGUCUUCUGAUCACCUGCAAGCGAUGUCGGGUCCGCGUACAUGCUAGUUGUUACGGUGUUGCUCCUGAAAAAGCAACUGAGGACUGGAAAUGCUCUCGAUGCAAAGCUAAUGCUUUAGAAGAGGAUUGCUGUUUGUGUUCACUUCGAGGAGGUGCACUUCAAAAAGCCAAUGACAACAAGUGGGUCCACGUUAUGUGUGCUGUGGCAGUUCUAGAGGCCAAAUUUGUAAACAUUGCUGAGCGCAGUCCAGUGGAUGUCAGCAAAAUACCAUUGCAACGCUUCAGGCUGAAAUGUGUCUUCUGCAAGAAGCGGCGGAAGAGAAUUGCAGGUUGUUGUGUGCAGUGCUCUCAUGGCCGCUGUCCUACAUCCUUCCAUGUCAGCUGUGCUCAAGCUGCUGGAGUCAUGAUGCAGCCAGAUGAUUGGCCUUUUGUGGUCUUCAUUACGUGCUUCAGGCAUAAGAUCCCAUCCCAGGCAGAGCGAGCCAAGGCUGCUCUACAGGAUCUCACUGUUGGGCAGGCAGUGAUUAGCAAGCAUAAGAAUGGGCGUUUCUACCAAUGUGAAGUGAUCAGUCUGACCAAGGAAACCUUUUAUGAGGUCAACUUUGAUGAUGGCUCCUUCAGUGAUAACCUGUACCCGGAAGAUAUUGUGAGCCGAGACUGUCUCCAGCUGGGUCCCCCAGCCGGAGGGGAAGUUGUUCAAGUGAGAUGGACAGAUGGUCAAGUCUAUGGAGCUACAUUUGUGGCCUCACAUGUCAUCCAAAUGUACCAGGUGGAAUUUGAAGAUGGAUCCCAACUGAUGGCAAAAAGGGAUGAUGUUUACACACUUAAUGAAGAACUUCCCAAGAGGGUCAAGUCAAGGCUGUCUGUUGCUUCUGACAUGCGUUUCACAGAGAUCUUCACAGAGAAAGAGGUCAAACAAGAGAGAAAAAGACAAAGGGUGAUAAACUCACGCUACCGUGAGGAUUACAUCGAGCCUGCACUGUACCGGGCCAUUAUGGAAUAGCAGCUGGCAGCAGGAUUGCAGUGACCACCUCUAGGCGGAUGCUAGCACUCCAGCACAAUAGAGGCCAAACAGACAGUCUUCACAUCCAGGUUUUUUUUUAAAGGGAGAGAUAAACUUACCUGAUUCUGCACACCUUGAAGGUAGUUGUCAGAUAACGGAAUGGCAGACUCCAAGUGUAGAAUUUGGGAGCACUUCUCUAACAUCUUGAACCAGUUGGCUCAAACCAGCUUGAUGGCAACACCUUUGGCAGUGAGUUGCUUUAUGCAGUACAAACUGUUCUCAUCCAGAGGCAAAUCUUAACACCACCCCUAGGAGCAGCCUAGACAGCAGCAGUGCUACGGAUGAAAACUGCCCCCCAAUACUUUCUCCUGGAUUAAAUGUCUGGUUCUAGGAAUGUUUCCUAGAUCACCACGCCUGCACAAAGCUGGCAACGUUACUGGUGCUUGACAGUGAAUUCCUUUUUAUAUUUAUAAUCCUGUUUUUGUCAUGAGCACGCGUUUUUUCAGCAUCACCUCUGAGACAGAGCCAAGUGAGCUGAAGAAGGGAGAGUGAAACUGAUUAGCUCUCUUUAGUCCCAAAUUCUUGAACCUUUGGUUAAGCUUUUGUCCCUAUUUUAUAUUCAGAGACUUAUUUACUCAUGCGUUUAAUUGUAAUAGUAUGUGCCUAUGUAAUAGGAAACUGUUUGGAGCCAUUUAGCACCGUGCAUUCCUCAGGCAAGAAAAUCUUGGAAAGUACCUUUCAUUAAGGCAAUAAGAAUUGCAGGGAUUUUACGGACCCAUUCUUCCUUGGAAGUAACAAGUUGGGCCCAGGAAUACAGCAAGGUUGCCUUGGAAAAUGAUCGUAGUUUCCUCAUGCUGGCAGUGGCUCCAGCUUGUGGAGUGUUUGAGCCCAUUCAGAGUAUUCAUAAAACUGUUUCACAGGAUUGCAUUACUGGUAUUUCUGUCUGGAAGCGUUAGCAGUUUCCCCCAAAACCAUGCCUGUAAGAGUAGCAGGGCAUGCGUGUAUUUAGCCCUAUGUGGGGAAAGGUCAAAAGAGUAUGAUUUUGCGAGGGACACUGCUUCCUUGCUAUACAGUCAUGGAGCAAUUUCUAUUCAGAUGUGUUCCAGAAAAAGUGUGAAGCUGGCAUUACAGCUCUAAAUGUGGCAUUGUCUGUGCCAAUGUGCAUGCCCAGAUCUAGGAAGAUAACUGUACUUUUACAUUCACUGAUUGCUCUGGCAAAGGAUUUUGGGUCCUCACCCUCUAUUUAGCUAGUUCUCUUGCUGCAAAGGGGGUGCUAUUUACAUAUUUUUAGGGAUGGGAUACCUCGUGACCCAAAGGAUUGUUGAAGGGAGAGGUAAGGCCACUGCUUCUAGAUUAGCUAUGCAGUAUCAAUUGCAUCUUUAUGCUAAUUGGUUUGUUCUAAACUUGACCAAAUUGUGUUUCAGCCUGCAAAUAUUAAGAACAAUAAAUCUUAAGGCCUUUUCUUGAUUCCUGUCAGCCUCUGUUAGUUGGAAUCCUGGAUACAUCCUGAGGCAACCCUGAACAAAAGAGUGGGUGCAAGUCUCAGUAACAGUAUUGACCUAUUCUGUGAAUUACUGUAUAGUUCGAGUAGGCCAGUCUCUGAAGCACAGCCUUUCAUACCCUGGUGCCCUCCAGAUGUCUUGAACUUUAGCUCCUAUCAGUCCCAGCCAGCAUAAGAGUGAGGAACGCUGGGUGGUGUAGACUACAAUAUCUGGAAGGCACCAGAUUGGGGUAGCUGAUGUAUGAGCUGGAUCUUUUCAGAAGCACAGUGUAUACAGGAACAUUUUUAUAUACUGUCUGCAGCUGAUACAUCUGACAAAGUGAGCAUAUUUUUGAUGCUUUUAGUGUUAAGCAGAAGUAAUUUUGGCAAUAUUUUCCCUCUGUCAGUAUUCUUCAGAUUCCCUCAGGUAUGUUCUUAUUGAUAAACAGAGAUAUCCCUCCCUCCCUGGAGACGACUGCUCUCCCAGCUGGCAUUUCCUGCAUCCUGAGUCAAGAAGGACUGUGUGUGCUUGUACUUCUUGCUCAGCUGUGCAACCUGAUACAUGUUGGAACUCCUUCUGUUGGUCUGUUUUCCAGCAUGGCUUGUCAGUAUGUUUCAGCUCUAGGAAUGGACCUUUAUCUAACGAUACUGAAAGUAAAUCAUGAUCUUAAAAAACAAAUGCCAAACACAGAAGACUUACGCUUUUGUCCCAAAAUGUCUGAAUUGAAAAUGAAUUCUAGAAGGCAUUUAUCAUCAAAUGUCAAUGCAUUGAAUUGUAGCUGAUUUGUGGUUCAGGGCCUGAGGAUUUUUUUAAAUGCAUAUCAGGGGCUGGGAACACCAGUGUGUCUCUGGAAAUGUCUUUUCCUGUUCCAUAAUGUGGGUAAACAUGAUACCAGAUUGCUACAAAAUAAAUGUAAAUUGAAGAAAUAGUGUGCAGACAAUGUUUGUGAAUACACACUUUGUGAUGUCUAAAGAUCCUGUCCAGAACUUACCAAAAGUGUUUUUUUCACUCCCAAUACCCUUUUCUCUUUUGUGGGUGUGUUUAUAGUUUUCUUUCAGAUCAAUUAUAUUUAUUUCAUCUUAGCCUAUGAAAUCAGUGUUAGCAAAACAAGUGUUUGUCCCCCAAAGUUCUGACUGUUUUAUUUUUUAUAUAUCUGUUGAUGCAAUAACUGGGGAACUCCUUCCUGUUGAUGUUCUAAUAGGCUCUUGGGGAGUUACUCCACUUUCUUAGCUUUUGCCCCAGUUUAAAUACAGAUAUAUGUAUUGGGAUGCAGUGCGCUCAACAUGAACAGCAAAAUUUUGUGAUAUAGACAUGGUCUGUCAUUACUGCCCUUCUCUAAAAUGGACUCCGAUAAUUUGACAUGCCUGAAGUUGUACUGAUUUUGGAAUGCCGAUGUGAGAUGGAUACAAUAUAGGCAGCUUUAUGUAUUGUUUUCAACCUGAUCUAGUAAUAUAAUUUUGAACUAGAAUCAAACUGAUUAAAUCUGAUACACUUUAA